UAAGUGAUGUAGUAGGUCGUUGCGAGUACGUGCUGGUGGGUGGGGAGGGACAGUUCAAUAAAUACAAGCCACACAUGAUAAUAUUUCUCACAAAUUGAUCUCCUGCAUUUAACAAAGGAGAAAAGAUGCUAUUUGCCGUUUAUAUCCUUGCUCUCGUAGCCCUAGCUACUUCGGAGAAAGUCACUUUUGAAAACUACAAAGUUUUUAGAAUUGUGCCUUCGACUAUCAAGCAAUUAGAAGUUCUUAAGCAUAUAGAAGAUGUUUACAAAGGUUAUUCGUAUUGGACUAAUCCGAGCUUCGUGUACCGACCGGUCGAUCUCAUGGUCGCACCAGGACAAUUGGCCGCGUUCACCGAGCUGAUGAACUUGACGAAUACCAAGUACGAAAUGUUCAUUGACAAUGUUCAGAGACUCAUCGACGGGGAGAUGCAGACGACACGCUCGGAAAGUUUCGACUGGACGAGUUACCACACGCUCGAGGAGAUCUACAGCUGGCUCGACUCCUUGUCUGUCAAGUACCCGAACAAUGUUACUGUCGUCGUUGCUGGUCGUACCUAUCAAAAUCGCCUGAUCAAGGGGGUGAAGCUGAGCUUUGGACCCAAUAAAUCGGGCAUCUUCAUCGAGGGCGGCAUUCACGCUCGCGAGUGGAUCUCACCGGCAACGGUCACCUACAUCCUCGACCAGCUGCUCCACAGCUCCGAACCCGAAAUUCGUAACCUCGCCGAGUCCUACGACUGGUACUUAUUCCCUUCCUUCAAUCCCGAUGGCUACGUGUACACACACACAACCAAUCGUCUGUGGCGCAAGACUUUAUCUAGGAACAGUUUAUUCUGCAGUGGUACCGACGCCAAUCGUAACUGGGACUUCAAAUGGAUGAGUGCGGGUGCCAGUAAAAAUCCCUGCGCCGAAACUUAUGCUGGAAGGAGUGCCUUCUCCGAGGUUGAGACGAAGUCCCUCUCUGCUUAUCUACAAUCUAUCAAGGACCACCUGUUUGCCUACAUUUCCUUCCAUAGUUAUUCGCAACUUCUUCUUUUCCCGUACGGUCAUACCUCGGAGCACCUCGACAACUAUAAGGAAGCUCAUGCUAUUGGUGUUGCGACCAUCAAUGCUCUUGCUAAGAGAUACGGCACCAAAUACGUAACCGGAAACAUUGCCGAGACUAUUUACCCUGCUAGUGGAAGCUCAAUGGAUUGGGUGAAAGCCACUUUAAGACUACCAGUUUCCUUCACUUAUGAAUUACGAGAUACUGGAAAAUACGGUUUCAUUCUACCAGCUGAGCAGAUUAUACCGAAUGGCCAAGAGAUUCUCGACUCGCUCGUAGUUAUGUUUACAGAGGCUAAGAAAUUCGGUUAUCCGAAAGACAUCGAAUAA